AUGGCUGGGGCACCUGGCGCCAUGGUGGAUCUCCACGCCAUAUUUAACGACAUCACAAAGUCUCAGCACCGGAUCGAGGCAGCCUGCCGCGGUAUUCAGCAGGCCGAGGCGCAAUUUUCAGACAAUCUGCUCCACGAGCUCUUCCAAACCCUCGCCAAGGGUGACGAGGCACGAAAUAUUGCUUGCUGUUAUCUUCUCGACUAUGUCUUUGCCAAUGCCGACGGGCCAUUUUGUCAAGCCCUCCGCCAGAACAUGCCCAUUCUCUAUGGCCUGGCUCUUCCGGACAAACCGGCCUUCAAGUCGCACAACAAGCUGAAAAAGCUCUAUGACCGCUGGGUCAAGAAGAACUGGAUUCCAGAGGCUGAGGCUGCGCUGACUGAUAUGGCACCGGCUGUGGCUUACCGCCGAACGCAAAAGCUGCUGCACAGCACGCCCACGUCCAUCGCCCACGCCAGGGUUGUUGCAAACGAGGUGCCCGUCACAUCCCCGGAACAUCCAACCACUCUUCAAUUGCGCAACCUGUAUCGCAACCGCAACACCAUUCAGUCCCCCAAUCCCAACCCCAGCAACCCCAGCAAUCUCGGCAACCCCAGCAACAAGCGCAGCCACAACAAACGCACUGCAUUGCCAAAUUUCCUCUGGCGGCCGCUCACCCUGGCUGGCGACUGGCUCACACUCGAGCGCACGGUGAGCGAUGACUGGUACGAAGGCACCAACUUGCGCACAGGGGCUCGUGGCAUCUACCCAGUUGCCUAUGUGGAGCAAACACAGCUAGCUCCACCACCGCAAGCCCCACCAGCCCAUCACCCCCCUGCUGGGUUUGGCGCACCCUUCCCUCCGCCAGGUGUCUGGGCGGCCGGGGCUCCGGGCCAUGCUGGACCUCCUGCCAAUGCCAACUUCCCACCACCUCACAACGCCGGCACAAAUUACCCGCCUCCGACCAACGCCGGCUUUCAACCUUCCUUUUAUCCGCCUCACAAUCAGUUUGCAGCGCCCCCAUCUCAGUUUGCUCAACCCCCUUUCCCGGCACACCAACACCAAGCCCAGCAGCCUUUCCCUCCUCCUCAAGGCAUGCAUCCGCAGUCUUUACCUGUACACGUCCCUCAAAACCAGCCCGAGGCCCAGGUUCAGGUCCAGGCUCAGCCCCAAGGACCCGCGUUGGUCCCGCAACCAGGACCCCAGCCCUCAAACCAGCUCCAGACACAAAGCCAAGUCCCUCGACACAGCACCACACACGCUCUUCCCAGCAAGCGCGCCGCCAGCUCAGAUCGUGGUGGAAGCCGUCCUGCCAAACAACCCGCCCGGGAUGACGAGAUGGCACCCAAUGAUCCCAACGCCAGUAUGAGUGCCAAGCUGACCUAUCAGCGCCGCCUUGCCGACCGCCCCGAGGAAUUGCCGUAUCAAAUUGGCUUACCAAGUCCUCUUGUUGAAGUUCCUACCAAAAUCAGUGCACCUCCCACGGUUUUUAUUUGGGAUCUUGAUGAAACACUUGUUGUCUUCAACGAGCUGACGAAUGGACGAUUUGCCCGAGCUUAUUCCCUGGAUGUCAACACGGGCAAGUACACUGGUCGGGCUCUGGAAAAGCUUGUCUUUCGGGUGCUAGACAACAAGCUCUUUUUCAAAAAACUAGAGAAAAUGAGUGAGUGCAUGUUGGAGAGUCGCCUGCUUCUGCAAGUAUCUAGCCUCAUAAUGGGCUGGCUCGACAGGGCUCGUACGGGUGCUGAUCUUCGCGUCGCACGAUGCUUGCGAGAGUGCAAGGCCAUCUACACCAAGUUUCAAGAGCUUCGUGCACAGCCUACCCAUCGUGCCAUUGCCGAUCUGAAGAAAACAAUUCCGCAAGGCCUUGACCUUCGACAGGGCGAAAAGCUCUAUGCUCUUGAAGAGCCAGAGGGUGGUUGGGUGCUGGCACGUCGCGAGGAUGGCAGCGAACAAGGGUUGGCCCCGACCACUUACCUAGAAGCCAUCAACGGGAUUCAGAAAGCCUUCCAAGAGCUCAAGGUUCUGGACGAAGACGAUGAAUACGAAGCUAUCGACAACAUUUUGGCUGAUGUCAAGUAUGUCUGUUUGCGAGUAGCCGUGAGAACGUACACGGAGGACUGGUGCGAUGUUGCGCGACGUGCGCUAGAGGCAUGUGUGCGCUCUCCAAAGAACAAGCCAGCGUCCACAGUAAGCAAUACCUCGCCCGUUGGUCUCACUAACGCAUCAUCAUCGGCGAGGCAACUCAACAACGCGCUUUGA